GCCACUGUCGGACAUUGCGGUAGGUGAAGCGCCUGCUGCAAUGUUCGCAUGGCGGGAGGAAACCCAGCCUGGAGUCCGCUGCACCCGAGCCCGGGCUUUCUGCUCAAGUGCGGCAAGGAGCACGAGAAACUCAAGCUCCGCAUUCGCUCACAGUUGCAGAGCCACAUGCUAAGUCUGUUUGAAGACGGACUCUUCUCGGAUGUGACCAUCGAGUCAUUGCCAGGUGACUCCUCCGAUGGUCCUGUAUUGAAAGCUCACAAGGCAGUUCUCUUGGUGAGAGUGCCUUUCUUCUGGAAGCGUCUUGUCGAGAAGUGUGCAGUCUCUGGCAAAGGAACCAAUGAGUUUGCUGUGCCUCUUGACAAGGACUUGUUGAGAGACUUCCUCAGGAGUGUCUACUCUGAUGACGACAUUAGAAAAAAAGAACAUGACAUCCUCCGGGCCCUAUGUGCUCAAGAUGGCCCUCCGUCCACUGAUGAUGAAGGUGGUGACGAAGAUUUUCAGGAUGUGACUGGCGAGGCAAAUACUGAAGAAGCUACUCAAGGAGGAGCACAGAACUCUUCACCCAGUGGGCCAGGUGGAGACAUUGACGAGGCUCCGAGCAGUUCCUUCGGUCAAAUGGGUGCUGAAGAUUCUCUAGAGAAUUUCCGUGCCUGCUUCGUCAGUCACAGUGAUGGCCUCUGCAUAGAGAGCCAUGCCCCAGCUACCAGUAACGUGGAAGAGCCCUUGGAUAGCUUAUGCGACAACAGCCAAGUGUACGACGAAAGUCAGGUUUGCGAUGACGUGUCUGAGAGCCGGGACGAGUGUUCUCUCAGCAUGAACAGCAGCAUGGUGCGGAGUGGCACAUUUGAUCUGCAGAGCCAAAUGCCACUCGAUAUGGCCAUUGAAAAUUGGAAUGGGGAUGAGGCUGCAGCUUUAAUUGGUGCUCGGGAGUGCGUGGAGCAACAGAGAAAUGCAGAGCCAAAAGCUGCAGGCGAUCGAAAGGCAGAUGCAAAAGUAUGUACAGAGCAAGAUGGAAAAUCCUUGGCUACAAUGCCGGCGUUCUUCUUACAUGAAAAAUCGUCUGCUCCUAUGCCAGUCUCAUACCAACGUUUUCCCCAGACACCCAAAGUCACCAGUCAUUUAGGAGGGGGAAGAGAGGGCUCGGCGGGUGCCUUUGGAAUGAAUGAUUCCGGCUUCCUCUCCCAAAACACAUCAGUAACUGAGGCAGUGGCUUACGACAGCCUCAAUAACACAGGGGAAACACCCUUACGAAGUGCCAUAGAACAAAGUGAAAGUAGGCCUAACCCGGGACACCAUUCAUCUAGUGCUUUGUUUCCCUUCUACAUUGACAUGAAUAGAGCAAGAGCAGAAGAAAAGCAAUCUCAGCAGCAGCGAGAGCCCUCAAACCAGGGUUCCUCUUUAUAUAUGUACAUAGAUGCCAAUGGAGAAGCCAGUGCUGGCCAGGUGCAAAAGAGGUCACCAUCAAGCAAGUCCAAGGCAGAUAGUGAUUCAUCAAAGCGGCCGCAGUCCUGCUACAUGUACGUAGACUUUAACACAGUUCGUCAUGAAGAAUCUCAACCUGAUGAAAAGUCGUCCUCGCGAACAGUGCCACGAACCCUGUCUCUUUCUAUGUUCAUUGACAUCAAUGACGACCAGAGCGACAGCGUCGUCUGUGCUCAAGAAGCGUACAGUAAUAACCAGGGAAAUCCUGCAAAAAAGGGUGAGAAUGCUGUGGAGAGACAGCGAAGCAUUGUUGAACACUGCAUGUGGGAGCAUUUUGAACGCGAAGAGAUACUGGUGGUAUCGGAGGAGAUCCCUACAACUCUGCAGCCUACAAGGCCUGCUGUCGGGGAUGACGUGUCUUCUCCUAGGCGGGCCAUGACCGAUCAUAUAAAAGUCCAGCCUUCUGAAGUGUGCCUGCUCCCAAUGAGCCCUAUUCCGCGGCGCAAGACAAAGCCGGAGUCUGUGAAGCCAGCUCCAAGGACUUUACCAGUAAAGUCAUCUACACGUCCGCAGGAUGUUUACGCCAUGACCUUUCGCAGGCCUGAGCCAUGUGGUGGAGAGGACAGCGAUUCUCUCGAGCACGAGAGUGACAGGGAAGCUGAUGUGCCAGAAAAGAAGUCACUACCCGAAUCAGAGGAGUUAACAGCAGCAGUAGCAGUGGUUGAAGGAAGUGACAGUGUAUCAGGCCCAUCAACGUCACUUGUUAAGAAACCAGAAGCAGGCAUUCCUUUGAUCAAAGCUCAGACGAGUGAAAUACAGGAGCCCCCUGCAGCCACUACCAAGGAAUCUGUAAUCAGGCCCCCAUUUUCGCCUGUAGAUGGUGAUGACGAUUCAGAGACUGUUUACUCAGAGGUGUCUGAAGUCAGUUGCCUGUCAAGCAUUGACAAGCGAAUGCAAGGGUCUGGCUGCAGCCCCGAGAGACUGGGUGCUUGCUCCAAGCUGGGAGACGACCUGCUCCGGAUGUUCAUUGGACAGAUGGAGACAGACGUCACAAUUCGUGUGGAAGGCAAGGACAUCGGUGCACAUAGAUUUAUUCUGGCAUCACGGUCCGACUACUUCUCACUUAUCUUCAGGAAGGAAUUCGCUGCUGAGGAGAGUGAGACAAUUAGCAUGGAUGGGUUCACACACGAUGCAGUAGUUUUUGCCCUUCACCACCUGUAUGGCGGCGCAGCUACUCCUCCACGGGAGGUGCAUGUCUCCGAGCUGGCUCUGCUGGCUGAAGUGCUCGGCGUUGACAGCUUGCGACGGGUGGUGGUAUCCCAUGUGCGCACCUACUACUGCCACUUCUUCCACAAGCCUUGCAGUCAGUGCAUAGCAGGUGUGGUCGAAUGCCUGCAGAUGGCACCAUGCUGCAGUGGGCUGCGGGAGUUGCAGACACGGGCUGUACAAUGGGCAGGGCGUCACUACAUUCGUGUCUGGCCUCACCGGGCUUUUGCUUCUGUUCCCGAGCACUGGCAGCAGCAGUGCUAUGCAGCCACACUACAAGCACUGACCGCGGAGACAGCUGUUGAUAUGGCCCUCAAUUGUGAGCGCCUGUCUGUGACUCUGCCACGGGUGCGGUGGGCCGAGUCGGCAUUGUCCCUUGCCAAUCGCCUGCUGCAUGACUGUGUGGGCCUCAUGUCAAGGGAGUUCGACCAAGUGCUUCAGAGCAAGUCCUUUCUUGACCUUGGAAAGGGCCAAAGCUGGAACAUCACUGCUCUUGAAGACACAUUGCUGGCAGCAGUGGAAGGACUGACCCCUGAUGCGGCCUGUUUGUCGUGCAUCGCCCUUGCCCGUCUGCUGCCUGAAGAUGACAGCCAACAAAUGCAGUGGACACAAAACUUCACUGACUUACUGCGGAAGAUUCAUCGGCAGUGUGAACGGUUUCUGAUUCACAAUGCCAAUCGUGUGGUUCACUGCCAAAGCUGGUCGUCCCUUUCUCCUCAGCUUCAAAAGAAGAUCAGGGAUGCUGCCGUCAUUGUGUUUGAGUUUGAAAAGCCCCUUGCUCCACCACCGAGGCUGUCCAGCUUACGACGACCUCGGCGCAAGUCCGCAGGAGGUGCAGGGACUACAGAUACUGGUGGUGAAGCCUCGAAGGAUAGCGCUUCACCUUCACCUGCUCGAAGGCCGCGAUCACUCGCUCAGGGUGUCUCAUCUUCCUCACCCAAGACAUCUGGCAGUGACUCAUCUGAGCUGCACGGGCCAACCCCUCUUUCAACAGCAGGACCAUCUAGACCUACUGCUAUUACCAGGAGGUCAAAUGCUGGCAGCACAGGAGGUCAGGGGUUAUCCAACCAAGCAGACAGCAAGCGCCCUGCAGGGUCACCAGUUGAUUCAAAAGCUGCUCUUACGGGUGCCUUGUCCAAAAGCCUUGAUAGCUACCGGGAGUCUUCAUCAGACUCUGGGAAAGAACAGGCAACCCCACGAAGCGAGAAGAAGAUGGCAAUAGGUGCUCGAAAUUCCAGAGCUCGAAUCACCAGAGGUGCUCGAUCAUUUCCAAAUGUGCCAAGAGACCUUGGUGCAAGGCCAAAGUCAGUGGCAACGUGGGCUGCUCCUGUUGCCCACAGCUCCCCAAUUAACGGCGGCAUUACUGGCGAAAGAGGCAAUGAUGUUAGCUCAAGCUCGCCGAUUCCCUUAACAGUUUGGGCUAACCCGCAGUCCCGGCCACCGACUCAAUACUUCCAGAGCCUGCGGCAGGUCCAGUCCAAAGUUGACUCAGGUCGGCCUCCUCAUCGAUGCUCAGGACAGGUUGUGCGCGUGCCUCCAUUCACCAUCAAGAGCGACAUGCCGCCCGCCACGGCUGCCGUGGAUGAUGGCACUGCAGUGGCAGAAGUAGUGAGACCACCUGAUUCACACCACAGCCUUCAACGUGGAAGCUCUUUGGGCAUUGCUAGCAACAACAAUAAUCUUAUGGGCAAUGGUGGUGCAAAUCGAGAAGAGGAAGAUGAUGCUUGCGACAAUUCCUCUGGUGCAACAGGCGAGCCUUCGCCUGAUGCCUCGCCGGACUUUGUGGCUGAGAUUGAUGCGGAGUCUAACCUAGUCAGCCACUGCCUUCAGGAGGCUGAGCUGCUGGAACGCGAAUUGUCACGCAAGCUUCGCAAACAGAAACGGGGCCCUGAUCCUGACGUUGUCCCCUACACGAGACCCCCCGCUCUACGAGGUGGUGCUACAGCAUCUGCUUCUGGAGCAGCCUCCGGGAACCUGCCACACCGACGCCGCACUGCCUCCACUUCCGAGGCAAGGGCAAAAUCUAGUAGCGGUCUAUUGACUGCUCAUUCUCGAGCUGCGUCUCUGCACGGUCCACUGCCACCAUCGUCUGCAAAGAGCCCAUCGUCCGCUUUGGCAUCCAGAUCUACACACAUGACUAGUAGGUCUCCCGGCACAGGUGGACCCACAAUGGUCGUGAGAAUUCCCGGUGUCUCUGCCCCAGCUAUGCACCUCCAGGGCAGGGCAGUCUCCGGGUCAGAUCCUAGGCCACCGCAGAGGGUGUCUGGCAUCGCUGUGUCUACAAAGCCAAGCAUUCGCCGGUGAUGACUCUGUAAACUACAAUUUUAACAAAAACACAGUUUGCAUAAGUGGCAUUCUUGACUGAAGAUGAUGUGUGAGGGGACUGUAUUCAUUUAGCUUCAAGUAAGUACAGUGCAGCCUCUAGUUUGAAGAAAAUAAGGCUGCUAUUUUAAUGCAAAGAAAGCCAAGGUAUCUGACAGUGUGUUCACACACCUUCGAAAGCCUUGUUUAUGCAGGAGCUCUCAAAAGUUUUAAUUUCUUCUUCACAGACUAGAUUUCGAACUUAUAGCCACAUGUCUAUGGAGAUGAUAUAUUUUGAUUUUCAAAAUAUACGGGGUAGCUGCAAUUUUUUUUGCUUGUUUGCCAUUUUUUAUUAACUUUUUCAAUUUAUAUAUCUUUAGCGGCCUUGGCAGAAAAGAGCAGUCUCACUACAUGCUAGCAUAGUGUACGUGGCAACAGCAGAAUGAUUGGAUGAACGUCUUGUAGUCUGUUGUCGUCUUGUGAAAUAACUUCUCCUUUGUAUUGCAACAAACUGUGGCAAAGGGUUAGUUAUUUUAUACUGCUCUCAUCAUCUGAAGUCAAAUCGGUAUUUACUUGAAGACAGCGUGAAGCUUCCAAGUAAACCUCAUGUCAGUUUCUUGAAAACUGGCUUCUUAUGAGUUAGUCAUGAUAAGCAAUAAUUAGCUGAGCAAAAUUAACAGUGCAAAGCUGAAGGUCACUGAAACUUCCUCUUAUGGUCAGGUCGCUUCAUUAUUUUUCCUCUUUGUAUGUUUCCAUUGAACAGAACUGAUUUGCUAUGCUGUCGUCUAGCCAUGGAGCGUUACUUUCAAGCAUCCUAGAUCUAUAUUUAAAUAGCAUUGCUGCUCUCUGGGAGACUCAAAUGUCAAGUUUGCUUUCAAACUUAUUCACUCAUUUCUCACUUCAGUGUGUAUGAGUGAGAACAACUACACGAAGUUUUUUUUUUUACCAUCAUAUCUAGAAUCAAGUUAGCGACCUAUAAUGCGGCAACAAAAAAACUAAAUGUGCAGUUCUGACUGAAAGGGCAAAUCAUUUACAGCAAUAGCAAGGUAUUGAAAUAAAUGUCAUAAAGAUGGUAUUAGCUUUUUUGUAGUAGAAAUUUCAUAAAAAUUUUCUAUAACAACUGAACAUGUGUGAUGUCAAAUUAGAGAGAAGCAUGUCAUGCUGCCUCUAUCUUCCUAUCAUGUCACUGUGCUGUGUGUCUAAAACACGGCUAACCGUGUAAACCACGUGCAUCAGGGCAUCAACUAUCUUAAAUUUAAGUGCUGUCCUGAAGAGACUUCACCCCACACAUGUUGCUUCUUCAUUUCUAGCAUAGCACUGUUUCAUUUUGCCUUUCGGGCAUUGUUCUUGGUUCACUGUUUAAAGACAAUGCUAGCCAGGACAGAUUUGAUUGAAAGGAUAGGAAGUUGGGGCCUCGCUGCAUAAUGCAGUCAAUGUUUUUUUUUACAAGUGUGCUUGUGUGCAUGCAUGGGUGCAUGCAUGGGAAUUCGGUCAAUGUGGCUAGAGUGGAUGUGUAAUCACACAUACACAAAAACCACUGUUUUUGUGUGAGACUGUUCUAGCACUGUUGACGCUAAAAAGGACAGUUACUAACUGGAAAUUAGAGACAGCGUCAGGGUAUCAUUUUUUUAUAGAUUGUAUGUAAAAAAGCUGCAACUUUUUAGUGGUCUCUUCAGUCACUGUUGGCUCACCCUUUUUUAUUCCUUUUCUUUAAGCAGCAUUCACCAACCAAAGAGAAGUUCCUAUAUGAGCAUCUCAACUAUACGUUUAUUUAUUAGCUGUCGACAUUUCCCACUUUACAUAUAUGUUUCUGUAUAAAAACAGGUUCAUGCACAUGUGUGGGCAACUUAAAUACCAUCUCAAUAUGCCGUAAUUGUGACUUAUAUGUGUUCAUAUUAUCAAAACAUUGUGCUAUCAAAAGUAGUAAUAUGUUUCAAAUAUAGCAGCUUAUGUGGAAAUUGAUUAUCCCUGAGUAAUUAAUGAUGAGGUGUUAAACAAAAUGUAUUCCCUGUAAUGGGGUAAAGUCAUAGUGCAUUGGGCAUGCACUUUUGCACGCUCUCACUGUCUUUGCUCAAGUAAACAUAGGCAGGUAAUGUGUUGGAUUUAUCAUAAUUCAAUAUACACAUGCUAAUUCAUAAUUAUGGAGAGUGAUAGAGCCAUGAAAAACAGUUGUGCUAAGUUUCUACUUUCUCUUUUCACGUGUACGUCACUAAUAUGUCUUUGGGCAAGAUUUGUGGACAGCACUUUUAAGCCUAUGGUAAUGUUCAUGGAAAACAAAUAAGCGGUAUUCUGGUUUGGUGUUUGACAUUUGCACCAGUCACUCAGGUCACUUUAUGCAACCUACACCAGUUUUGAUAUAGAAUUUCAUGUCAUAGCUGUCAUUUGUUUUUUCUGAUAAUGUGCACCAGACCAAAAAUUGUCCUUGCAAUGCGAGUUUAUUUUAUCUGCAAUGGUUGCAGAAAUGCCUAAUUGAAAUGAAAGCAGCACAAUUACUAGGCCUAAUGUUCUGCUCACCCUUCCCAUGCUGGCUGUUUGUUUUUCAGAAUGCUGCUGUGGUUGUGACUUUUUCUUAGAACACCAAAUGUGUUAGGCUAAGUGUUACUGCAGGGUCAUGGCCCCAACACAUAACAUAGCAAGCAUUCGUGCCAUUUGCUUUUAUAUGUCUGUAUUUUUGUGUGUUUGGAGAUUUCUACACCUCCUGUCACUGUGGGUUCCUGUUCAAGAGAGUAUAUAUUGUUCAUGUUUAGCUGAGUUACAGUGUUUUACAUUAUAUGUUCAACCUUUUCUACGUCACAGAUGAAGUAAUGCUCAUGUUGGUCCUUAUGCACUCGUAUCUCAUAUGUAUUUAUAAUGAGAUAUGUUGUUUUUGCUUGAUCUAUCUGAAACGUCUUUUUUUUUUUUUUUUGUUUCUGUUGCAUGCUACUUUUGCCCUUCUUGUGUGUGCGUGAAUUUUUUAAGUCAUCUGCUUGAGACCAAAGAUUUUUGCACUAUAUUCAAAUUUCAACAAACUGAUGGGAGUCACUGCUUUGGCUGCAUUCUUUUGUGACUGAUGCCAUGCAGAAAAGUACAAGAAUGACUGUCUUGACAAAAAAAGUGUUCGGGGAGUGACACACGACAUUUCUUUCCAAUGUACCCUAAUAUGGUACUGUUUAUUGUCAUUUCCACUUCUAGCAAUUGUCAUGCAUAAUAAUUUCCGAUGGAG